CACUCUUGCUUGUGUUUUGUUUCACCCUCUUCUCUGUGUCUCACCUAGGCAGUAAUAUCUCUGCUUGUGUGGGAAGAGCAACACAGCUAGGGUUCCAUAGAAGGGCGAGCACACCUGUUUGUUUUCCUGUAUUCCUGAUUCCCGUCGCUUGGUGGAACCCUGUGUCAAGGAAGUUCACGGCGUCUUCCCGUAGCUGUUAGUAUUUGUUUCCGUGUUCGCCACACGGAAGAUGCAACUCGGUUGCGUGUAACCUGGUGUUCAGCACUCUUUUCCUCCGGAGAGCAUGUUUGCUCGGCAGAGCUGACCCCAUUGCUUCCAGUUUAAGUAACGAGCUUCCAGACCAACUCCAAGUGCUCGCUUUCCCGCUUCGGAACCAUGGAAAAAGAACGUGCGUCGGAAUUCGCCUGCGCUUUCGCCGCCUCCAAAUUCAGUUCAUACCCCGCCUACGCCUACCUCCCACGACCGCACUCCACCGCAUCGACAUCCAUGACUCUCGCUUCCGCUCUCAACCACGACCCCAUGCUUUCCGCGCAACAGUCCAUGGCCCCCUCCUGCAGCGUCGUCCCCCCAGACGGCUCCUCCGCCUGGCCCGCUGCUUCCGCCUCCGCCUCCGCCGCAGCAGCGGCAGCAGCCGCCGGUGCCGCAGCUGCGGCCGCGCAAGCGCAGUCCCAGACGUCGAUGUGGGGCUCUUCGCCGUUUCAUUGCCAAGCGCUACCGGCUCCCGCAACCAACGGCCCCGCAUAUUACGCGUUUCCGGGAACCGAGUCCGCGGUACCCGUGUUCACGUUCCCGCAGUUCCGCCUGACGAAUACUCUAGCUGCGGCGCAGCUAAUGGAAGCGGGAGCUUCCGCAUCCGCCGCCGCCGCCGCCGCUGCGUCAGCAUCUGACAGCAAGGGCAAGCGGUUGAACGAAAACGCGUCAGACGCGUUAAGUAAUCCGGUUCUCGCGCUUCGGCCGCGGAAAAGAGGACGGCCGUCCAAGAAAGAUCGCGCCGCGGCCGCGGCAGCAGCGGCGGCGGCAGUAGCGGCAUCGCAUGCUGCUUCCGCUCGAACUGCGUCCGCCGCGAUUGGCGCUUCUCCCGCCGCCGGUGUCUCUGCAGCUGGUAACGCCAUGGACCAGACAACGGCUGGCGCUGCUGGCGCUGCUGGCGCUACCACCACCACAGACCAUUCCAACGUAACCACGAGCCAGCCGGGAGCCUCUGAGCGGAAAAUGCCGCAGAUUCUUCCGCGUCUCCCAGCUUCCGCCGCUUCGUUCCCCUCCGCCGGGUUCCCGCCUAUGUCCGUAUCUAUGCCGUUCGGCGCGAAUCUGAGCGGGGCUCCCAUGCACGCCGGCGCGGCUUCCAUACACGCGUCCAUGUUUGGCGGUGGUCCGUACGCCGCUGCGGCAGCGGCGGCGGCUGCCGCUGCUGCGAUGGCCGCGCCUGUCAAUGGCGGCGCUGGCCCGUGUUCGUCCCUGGGCUCGUUUUCACAGGUCAUGUACGAAGCUUCGCAGCAACAUCAACAGCAACAGCAGCAGCAGCUGCAGCAGCAGCAGCUUCAGCUAUUGCAACCGCAGAUGUUCGCAGCAGCUGCGCCUAUUAGCGCCGCGGCGGGGAGCGCACCUCCGCCUGUUCUUGGAAUUCCGGUCCACGGCUACAAUAUAUUCUCUCUGGUCAAACCGCUGGAGAGCACACUACGCGCGCCGUCCGCAAGCAUGCCGCAACCUACCGCUCUGAAACCCGCGGAGUCCGUCGCAAACGGCGCAGCUGCCGGCGCCGUCUGCGCAGCGGGUUCGUUACAGGUUCAGGAGCAGCAGGGCAGCAGCGGCGCUGUGAAAUCUGCCGCUGCGGCGGCUGUUGGCGGGACUGAGAACGGGGGUAAGGAAGGUGAUGCGGCUUCUCCUGGCACUGCGGGUCGUUCGUCGCUGACGUCUGAAGUGUCCCCCUCUCCGGAUGCAAUUCCAGCCAUCGAUUGGAUGCUCGGGCAGAUGAAACGCUCGCUGGGUCAGCCGAAAAAGGAGCCUGCUGCUUCUUCGAGCGUGGUGGCGGAGCACGGAGACGAAACCCCUGCUGGAGCGGGCAGUGGUUCCGCGUCUGCUUGGCUGCCCCUCCCCCGGUCGCACAGAUCCGCGCCUCCCCCGGAAGUUGUCAACGCAGCCGCUAAGCUUUUGGCGGGAAAUGGGACGCUGCUCGACCGAAAUGAAAGCAGGGACCUUGGGAAUACCGCGAGGUCUAAGGUAUCAUCCGCGUUAGGGUUCGGUUCGGUGGCAGUGGUCCCGGUAAAGGGUCGUGUAUUGAAUUUUGGGUUUGAGGCUGCUAAUAUGGGAGGAGGAGGAGUGGAAGCAGUAGCAGGUGGAGGGAUGGAUGAGGUUGAGAAGCAGAGAGGAGCUCUAGAGGUUGACCUCACUCUGAAACUCUGACGCCCCCAGAAGGGUUUGCUCGUACGUAUUUUUUUAAAACCAUGAAAGGUGCUCUUAUGAAUUGGUGGGGGUGGGGGUGGGGGGAGGGGAGUUGCUGAAGGUGCUGAAAGCUUGUGAUACCAAGACUAGUUGCUGCAUCGCCAUUUGUGCCUUAUGAUGCUAAAUCGGCAUCCUAUCUAACCUUCGAGUCUGGCUGGUGUUUGGUUGGGACUAGAAGCUUGGUUACUUCGUGUGUUUUUUACUUCGACGGUUUUUUUUCUGCUGCUUGAUUAUUGACGUCAUUAGGUAGGCGAUAAUUACUCUCUAUGCAAUAUAGUGAUGUAUAGGUGCUGUGCUAUGUUUCUGUAUCCUUGGUUAAACGGUAAAGAAAUAUUUUCUGAUGGA